UGUGAGCUAUACCUUUUGGCUCUUGCUGGAUGACCAUUGCUACUAAUCAUUAAGCUCAAAAUGUCUAUCGCAAGCGCAAAUCAAACGAUCAACUGGUGCCCACCCGUCCAUCGAAAUGUAUCGCCAUCAAAUAAUCCUAUCAAUGUUACGCUCAGUCCUGGAUUUGUUGUCCUCAUUACGGGUUCAUCGCGUGGAAUUGGUCUCGCAACGGCGAUCGCAUAUGCGAAAGCCGGUGCUUCGGCAAUAAUGCUCACUGGCCGCAACAAGGACGCCCUGAACUCUGCAAAAAAGCAAGUAUUGGAGACUGCAGCCCUUGUAGAUAAGGUGCAAGGCAUGCAAGUAGAGACAUUCGCGUGCGACGUCUGCUCAGAAGAAGACACCAGGUCCAUUGCUAAUUAUAUACAAGCGAAAUAUGGAAAACUAGACGCACUUAUUCUCAAUGCAGGCAAAGCAAAUGGGCUGGUGAGAGAUGCAGAUGGCAACAUGGACUGGCCACACGAUGCAAGUGCCUUGGAUCUAUCCGAUUUCAGGCAGACCUUCGAAGUAAACUUCUUUUCAGGCGUUGUGGCCAUAAAGUACUUCAUCCCUUUAAUUCAAGCUGCAGCGUCCGGUAGCCCGAAGAGUAUUAUAUGGAUUACAAGCAGCUCAAUUCACCAUUAUGAUCCUAAAUUCAUGGCAAUGGGUUACUCAUUGAGUAAGUUCGCAGCUGCUAGAUUUGUGGAGUAUGUGCAUGAAGCACAUAAGGACAAGGGCGUGACGACUUUUGGCAUACAGCCGGGUAGCGUCAUGACAGAUAUGAGCAAAUAUCAGUUACCGGAGGGUAAAGGAUGGGAAAAAAUCUUGAUCGAUAACGUGAAUUUGGGCGGUGCGUUGUGUGUAUGGCUUACCAAAGAGAGAAGAGAGUGGCUGAGCGGCCGAUGGGUUGACGCACGAUGGGAUACCGAUGAACUCGAGAGGCGAAAGGAGGAUAUUCUUACCAAGAACUUGUUGAAGUUUAGAAUGACGGCCUGAGCUCAAUUGCUGCGAUUUUAUCGCGAGUUUGCCAUUUAUUCAAAAUUGAAAAACGUUUGCCUUUGAUUUGGCAGCAAAAGAGCAUAUACCCCACAUCGAGAUGCCAU